UGAUUCAGAGUUGAGAGUGUUCCUCCGCCCGCCCCAUUCCUCACUCCAGCCUCUCUCCACUCCACCCCUGCCUGGUGUAGGCGUAGCAGUGGUGCACUUGGUUCCAUUGCAGUUGCAGAACCGAGGAGGAAGAAAGCGGCCUGCUUUCCUUGUUUCCUGUAGCUUAAAUGCGGAAGUAAUUGCAUCACCAGCCCCACCACCGAGCUGCAGCAGGCGGCGCUAGGAGCGGAGCCAGAGCAGAGCACAGGCGGUAGCGGGAGCAGACUGCCCAGAGCCCACUACCAUGAACAUGAAGGGGCACCAGCAGCAUUCCUCUCCCCUGUUGCUGCCGCCCAAUAAGCGCCGCUGCACCGCCCUCGCCGCCGCCGUGCCGGCGCUCGUCGUCUGCUCCAUCCUGCUCCCGCUCGUCUUCCUCCUCGGCCUCCAUCGCCCUGGCUAUGGAUCGGAGGAGCACGCCGCGGUUGUCAUCAGCACCAAGUUGGCCGGUGUCGGGGCGCGUAACAAGCAGCAUCUGGAGAAUGGGGGCGCCAUGAAGCACAAGCUGCUCAAGGAUGUUUCCAAAAAGAAGACAUCUGGAUCUAACGGGAUCCUGGUUGAGAAAUCUACUAGAUCCAAAUCAAAAGCAAAGCUCAAAGGUGCUUUCUCUUUAGUUGAGCUAAAUAAUGACACCUUCGAAAGUAUAGGACCUCAUAUGCUGAAAAGAUAUCAAAGGAAGGACCUGUCCGGGAGAUCAAAGGAAUCUGACACCGUUUUGCAACAGGAUACUGUUGUUAACGGCAAACAGAACCGUGGUCAAGAGACAGUGCAUGAGGGGAAUCCCAAGUCCUGUGAACAUGAAUAUGGAAGUUACUGCCUCUGGUCUACUGAGCAUAGGGAAGUUAUGAAAGAUGCUAUUGUGAAGAGGCUUAAGGAUCAACUUUUUAUUGCAAGGGCUCAUUAUCCUAGUAUUGCAAAAAUAAAGCAGCGCGAAAGAUUUACCCGUGAACUGAAGCAAAGCAUUCAAGAACAUGAACGCAUGCUAAGUGACACCAUCACAGAUGCUGAUCUGCCAACAGUUUUUGCAAAGAAGCUAGAGAAAAUGGAGCACACGAUUGAGAGAGCCAAGUCUUGUGAAGUAGGAUGCUCUAAUGUUGAACGGAAACUUAGGCAGCUACUUGAUAUAACUGAAGAUGAAGCUUAUUUCCAUACAAGACAGAGUGCAAUUCUAUAUCAUCUUGGUGUCCAGACUAUGCCAAAAACUCAUCAUUGCUUGAACAUGAGAUUAACAUUAGAAUAUUUCAAAUCUAGAUCAAUUCGCACUGACCAACAAAAUAGGCAGAAGCUUGAAAGUCCUGCCUUCCAGCACUACGUAAUAUUUUCCAGAAACGUACUUGCAGUUUCAACCACUAUUAAUUCAACAGUUUUAAAUUGCCAGGAUUCUGGCAGCAUUGUUUUCCAUUUGUUCACUGAUGCGCAAAAUUUUUAUGCGAUGAAGCAUUGGUUUGAGAGAAAUUCAUACUCGGAGGCUACUGUUCAUGUAACUAACAUUGAGGAUCAUCUGAAACUCCCAAAGCAUGCAGAGAUGCAACAAUUAUUGCCUUCAGAGGAAUUCCGUGUCACAAUUCGUAAUUAUUCUGAACCUUCCCUGAGGCAGAUGAAAACUGAGUACAUAUCUGUUUUUGGCCAUUCACAUUUCCUGUUGCCUGACCUUCUUCCUGGUUUGAAUAGAGUAGUUGUUCUGGAUGAUGAUUUGAUUGUCCAGAAAGAUUUGUCAUCUCUGUGGAACCUCAAUAUGGAUGGCAAAGUGAUUGGUGCUGUCCAGUUCUGUGGAGUUAAAUUAGGACAGCUAAGAUCUUAUAUUUCUGAACAUAGUUUCAACUCCGAUGCAUGUGUGUGGUUGUCUGGUCUGAAUGUCAUUGAAUUGGAAAAAUGGAGGGACCUCCAUGUCACCAGUUUGUAUGAUCAAUCACUCCAAAAGUUGCAAAAGGAGAGCCUGCUAUCAAAGAGACUGAAAGCACUCCCUGUUAGUAUGCUUGCAUUUCAAGAUCUGAUAUACCCUUUGGAGGACUCAUGGGUUCAGUCAGGCCUUGGACAUGAUUAUGGAAUUAGUAAAGACCAUAUAGAAAAGGCUGCUACUCUACACUACAAUGGUGUCAUGAAACCUUGGCUUGAUUUGGGGAUACACAAUUACAAAAGCUACUGGAGGAAGUACAUGACUACAGGAGAGAUAUUCAUGAGGGAAUGCAACAUUCACUAAUAAAGAAUCACAUGACAUGCACCAAACUCAACAUUUGAACCUCUGACCUCAUGUAUUUGCUUAAACCACAAGGUUAUGGUGAACAGAAAAACAAUCCGGACCUGGAGAUGGCCCGCAUACAACCCUGUGGAGACAGUGCCCAAAUUCCAAAAGGAGAAUAAACUGAAAUGCCUUCUGCAAAAACUUGCAACUGUAAGCGUCUGUCAGGACACCAGUGUGAAACCUCUGAGUACCAAGAUAUGUGACGAUUUCUUUCACCCGAUUGUGCACGGUUGGAUGACCUUUUUCAUUUGCUGCUUGGAGUUGCAAAAGUGCAGUCCCCUUGCUGCCGAUAUUUUGUAUAAAAUAUUUAAUUUUAUUCUUUUGCUCAUUGUAUAAGAGCAAUACUAAGGCAAAUGCUCACUGCAGCACAUCGUGUACAGGGAACAGCAAAUGUUGCUUGAAUUAGCGAGCAGUCGCUUGUAAUUCUUUGCCGUAAGGCUUGCUAUUGUUAUUGUGGGACGCUGAUAUCCCAUUGACAGCAUAAUGGACGGUUGUUUGUUUUA